UCAAUACUCCGAGGUACUAGGACCGGCCUGUAAGAGAGGAGGGAAAAACGCUGAAGCGCUGCCAAUAGAAGAAAAACAAAGCCAGUUUGAUAUUACCACCAUAACAUUCUUAGAAACCAGCAGCAGCCACCAGCGACAAUGAACGGACAGAUGAACGGGUUUCAUAACUCCCUCAUUGACGAGGACUGCUUCUUGUUCACCUCAGAGUCGGUCGGGGAAGGACACCCCGACAAAAUCUGCGAUCAGAUCAGUGAUGCAGUUCUAGAUGCCCAUCUCAAGCAGGAUCCUGAUGCCAAAGUUGCAUGUGAGACUGUUGCUAAGACUGGGAUGAUCCUGUUGGCCGGUGAGGUGACAUCACGUGCCACAGUGGACUACCAGAAAGUUGUUCGUGACACAAUCCGCCAAAUUGGAUAUGAUGACUCUUCCAAAGGUUUUGACUUUAAGACCUGCAAUGUUCUGGUGGCCUUGGAGCAGCAGUCUCCUGACAUUGCUCAGGGUGUUCACAUUGACCGCAAUGAGGAGGACAUUGGAGCUGGGGACCAGGGUUUGAUGUUUGGAUAUGCCACUGAUGAGACUGAGGAGUGUAUGCCUCUCACCAUUGUCCUUGCCCACAAACUGAACGCUAAGAUGGCUGAGUUGCGCCGCAACGGCACCCUUCCCUGGCUUCGGCCAGAUUCAAAGACUCAGGUUACUGUCCAGUACCGCCAAGACCGUGGUGCCAUGCUUCCAGUGCGUGUGCAUACAAUUGUCGUCUCUGUUCAGCAUGAUGAGGAUAUUUGCCUGGAAGAGAUGAGAGACACCCUGAAGGAGAAGGUCAUUAAGGCUGUUGUGCCAUGCAUCUAUUUGGAUGAUGACACCAUCUACCAUCUGCAGCCAAGUGGCAGAUUUGUUAUUGGAGGCCCACAGGGUGAUGCUGGCCUUACGGGACGUAAAAUCAUUGUUGACACUUACGGCGGCUGGGGAGCCCAUGGCGGCGGUGCCUUCUCUGGGAAGGAUUACACAAAGGUGGACCGCUCUGCUGCCUAUGCUGCUCGCUGGGUGGCCAAGUCUCUGGUGAAGGCUGAGCUCUGCAGGAGAGUGUUGGUCCAGGUUUCCUAUGCCAUUGGAGUUGCCCAUCCCCUUUCCAUUUCUAUCUUCCACUACGGGACCUCCCACAAGAGUGAGAGGGAGCUGCUUGAUAUUGUGAAGAGGAACUUUGAUCUCCGUCCUGGAGUGAUUGUCAGGGAGCUGGAUCUGAAGAAACCCUUGUAUCAGAGGACAGCAGCCUAUGGCCACUUUGGCCGAGACUCCUUCCCAUGGGAGGUGCCCAAAAAACUCAAAUACUAAACAUGUUAAGCUUUUCCCCCCAGGCCUGUUGGUGUAUACUACAGAGAAGCCUCCAAGGUUCCGGGGGUGAAAUGCCCUUAUUUCUCUCUCAUAGUAAUGUUAUCAUUUAACGCUCCCUUCCUCACUCCAACUCCCUCCUUUGUCUUCUUGCUGUUUCCUGCUGGUUGCAGUAUUGCACUGGGUCAUGGGAGGCAUGCCUCAGAAACUUGAGUAAGAAACCGUAUGGGUUCCAUGAACUCAUGCACCGUACAUGUUCCCCUGUUUCUUGUUGUGAUGGUCCCCGAAUAGCUGCGUUCAGUUGUUCUCCUUUUGGCAUUCCACACUCGUCAAUAUUGUCAGUUUUUUAUUCAGUGUCAUGGCGGUAGCAUAUUAGGCUGUAUGUAAUACCCCUCUUAAUUCACUGGUGCUACUCAUGUUAGGAGUCUGCGUGACAUCUAAAUUUUACAUGUCCAUUCAGAAGCAUAGUUUAAUAGUCCUCCGAUCUGGCCCCUACUCAAACCAGUUUAGUGUCUUUCUACACAUUCCUCCUUUUGUCAGUCUGGAACAAUUAUUCCCCUGACCCAGUGUUCUUUAUCCUUUUUUGUUAGCUUUAUCCCCUCGUCUUUGUGGAGGAUGCUAGAAUGGCACAAUUAAAAUUUAAGGGUUGUUGCUGUUUUCAUAAAAAAUGCUAUGCAUUGCAGGCUAGUGUGCGAGCCAAAUCCUAAUUAUUCAAGCUCUCAAAUGAGCAUAAAGCCUCAGAUGCCCCUACAGACCUUUGCUGUUUUCUGACGUAAUACAGAAAAGUCAGAAGCUGCUAUGUCACUGCACUGGUCUGCAGCGGUAUUUGUUAUACUUGAUAGUAAUGACAAAAAUUGGAUUGUUUAUGCAUUGAAAUUCAAUUUUAAAUGAGUCCUUUUUAAAUGUAGUUUCACUUGCUUUUUUAUGGUUUGAAGUGACUAAAGGUCCUUUUACUCGAGUAUAUUGAUGGCAGGUGUAGCUACAGAGAAACCUGGUCCCCAUCUUUAUUCUCGAAGGAGUGCGUUCUUUACCACAGAGUCUUACUGGCUUAAAGUCAAACCUUAACACUAUUUAUUUGUUCUCUGAAACUCGGCGUGGAUACAGAGAAGCCGAGGUUUCAGAAGGCAGCUUUAAACACACUUGGCUAUUGAAUCUUGAAUUCCUUUUGACUUGACAGUUUUCAGUGUUUGGUUUGAGGCUCCAGAGUGUUGUACAGAAAAGCUUUGGUUCGCCUCAACGAGAAAGUGUCACUUGCUACUGUUAUGACUAUAUUACAACCUUUUUUUAAUAAUUGGACUGUAGAUCAUAUUUUAAGUGGGUUGGUUUUGAAAUCCCAUUUAAAAUGGCUGGCGCAAUUCUUUAGCUCUUACCUAUCCUCAAUGGACUGGCAGCAUCUGGUUGGUGUAGUACAGAGAAACCAGCCUUGUUUACACAGCCGUACCAUGUGUAGGAUAGGUUCAAGUUUUGGUUUUGUUCCCCUUAUACCACUGGGAGGUCAUCCCGUUGGCUACAGUAAGUGUAAGAGUGCCUUUUCUAUUUCCUCUACUCCCCAUUUUGCUUUUCUCCCCUCCUACCAACAUGCGCUCAACUUCCAGAGGAACAAGUAGCUCAUACUGUAUUGUGCUUCAUGUCUAAACCGAGUAGUUUCCUAAUGCUCUGUAAUAAACUACUCCUUUCAAAUA